AUGGAAAUGUGUGAGUAUUUGGUCAAUCAUUUUUCAGAGUUACUGGAGAUAAGGGACAAUGACGGAUGGACAGUGUUACAUUCAGCUUGCAGAGGAGGAAGUGUUGAAAUUGUUUCUUUCCAUGAAGAGAAAGGAUUAGACUUAAAUGCCGUUUCAAAUAUUGGUGAAAGUAUUCUGCAUAUUGCUUGUUUCUGUGGGAAGUUUGAAAUUUGUGAGUUCUUAGUUGAGAAUCAUCCCAAUCUAUUAGAUGUCAGGGACAGGUUUAGUAACUCAGUGUUGCAUGAUGCAGCCAGGGGAGAUUUACUGAAGGUAAGAGACAUUAAUGGAUGGACAGUGUUACAUUCAGCUUGCAGAGGAGGAAGUCUAGAAAUCGUUUCUUUCCUAAUAGAAAAAGGAUUAGACUUAAAUGCCUUGUCAAAUGAUGAUGUCAGGGACAGAUUAAGUAACUCAGUGUUGCAUGAUGCAGCCUGGGGAGGAAGUGUUCAAAUUGUAAAACUGUUGAUUGAGAAAGGGAUGGACACCAAUACCCUACAGGAAGAUGAUUUAUUGGAGAUAAGAGACAAUAACGGAUGGACAGUGUUACAUUCAGCUUGCAGUGAAGGAGAUAUAGAUACUGUUUUUUUCCUAAUAGAAAAAGGAUUAGACUUAAAUGCCUUGUCAAGUGAUGAUGCGAGGGACAGAUUAAGUAACUCAGUGUUGCAUGAUGCAGCCUGGGGAGAGUUACUGGAGAUAAGGGACAAUGACGGAUGGACAGUGUUACAUUCAGCUUGCAGCGGAGGAGCUGUAGAAAUUGUAUCAUUCCUAAAAGAAAAAGGAUUGGACGUAAAUGCCUUGUCAAAUGAUGGUGAAAGUAUUCUGCAUAUCACUUGUCUGAAUGGUAAACAUAAUAUAGCGAGCAGUGAUCAACCUCAUGAAUCCAAAUAUACGAAACAAAUCGAGAACAUGGCAAACACACAGACCCCUGAAAUCAUCAGAGGUCUGAUCAGGUGUCCAGCUAAAAAUGGAUGUGAGAGAUUAGAUGAUCCAAAGAAUCUUGGCAAUAUUAUGUAG